CACAUUACAUCGUCUCACUCUCCGGUUCCCAUUUUGAAAUCAUUCACACACCCCAACUUCAACCAGGUGCUGCUUCAGAGCGAGAGGAGAUAAAUUUCGAAGAUCACCUCUUUUUACCACAAAUCUAGCCAAGAUGAGUACCAUGAAGUUUUGCCGAGAAUGCAACAACAUUCUCUACCCUAGAGAAGAUAAAGACCAAAAGAUCCUCCUCUAUGCUUGCCGCAACUGCGAUCAUCAGGAGGUUGCAGAUAACAAUUGUGUGUACAGAAAUGAGGUACACCAUACAGUUGGGGAGAGAACUCAAGUCUUGCAGGAUGUUGCUGCUGAUCCAACUCUUCCCCGCACUAAAGCAGUUAGAUGUGCUCAAUGUGGUCAUGGAGAGGCUGUUUUCUUCCAGGCAACUGCAAGAGGGGAAGAAGGUUGUGAUGGGAUCAUGGGAACAUACAUACAUACAUACAUACAUCAUAUUCGGAUUGUAUAA